CCGCUUGUGGUUGACUCUGGGAACUUCUGCUCAGUGGGGUAAACAAUUUGUUGCUGAUGUUCAAUUGUUUGUGUUUUCCCCCUAGUUGGUCUUGUACAUAUGAUAGCCUGUGAGAAUAGAAAUGAGUUACACGUGCUAGGAGUUUGUAUUUUAUAUGUUAACGUACUUCUAUUUGAAUUUCACAGAGAAACAUGGAACGUGUUCAUAUCCCGUUGUUGAAAAUGAAUCUGACUUCUUCUCGACUGCCCUGAACAUUUACUUCAAAUACAAUGUUACAGAAGCUUUGUUCAAGGCUGGAUAUGCACCCUCAAACUCUGAAAAGUACCCACUGGGAGGCAUCAUUUCUGCCAUUCAAAAUGCUUUCUAUAUGACCCCAGAAGUGGUAUGCUCUGGCGAGGCACUGAAAGAACUUCGGCUGUGCUUCUAUAAGAAUUUUGAGCCCCGUGACUGUGCAACAGAGUCUAGAAUUGAAAGCGGCAUGAUCUCUCUGAAAACCUCAUCAUGCCCUUCUUAUGUCAGCUUACCUGUACAUGAAGCAUCACAAUACUCAUGGAUUGGAUCAGUUUGAAGCUAAGCUAUGCUGUCAGCGUAUUAGUGUAUCUCUCUAUGAGAAGGGGUUGAAAACAAAGGAGCUGCCAUAUUCCGGUCCACAUGGUAGAUCGCUGAUCGGUAUGAUUAGAUUUCCUUUGCCAUUACUUGAGUCUUGAGAUUCUCUUUCAUCUUAGUACAUCAAAUGAUCAUUGAAAUACACACAGUUUCUGGUAAAGACUGCUGCAGAAUUAUUUCAACCACUAUUUCAAACAAAUUCAAUAAUACCAGUACAAUAAAAACAUCCAAUUUACAAGGCUUGUAUGGUGAUUAUAAUAUUAUUAAUGGCAUAUUUUGGAAAAUCCAACUUAUUGAUAUGUGUUAUGUGUCUGGUCUUGUGCUUAUAGUCAACUUGCCUAAGGACAACGCUUGGCAAAUUAAAUGGAUGAGCUAUUGAUUAAUAAGGUUAUCAGUAACUU